AUGGAUGAAUCUAGUAAAGAAAACGAAAAAAAUUUAAUGUUGUUUCAUGAUAAAACUGAUGAAAACCGACCCGAAGAGAACGAACAAAAUGUCUCUGAAACAAAUCUCGCGAGUAAACAACACGGAAGUAUUAGUGAAAUUGACAAGGUCACGGAUAAAACUGUACCUAGUAAUACUGUCGAUAGCGAAACCCCCGAAAACACUGAACCUGGAACUGAAUUAGGUCCUGUACGACGUAGUACAAGACAGAAAACACAAUUUACUGACAGAGAAUCGGUUGAAAACGAAGAAAUAUACCGCCAACAACGUACCCUUGGCGGUCAUCAAGGGCGUAUUACUGCACUCGUCAAUCAAUUAAGUACUUGUCUCACAAAGGGGCGUGGACCGCACGAAAUCGUUGACAUUUUAGAAUCUCUUGAAAAGGCAUGGCAAGGCUAUAAUAACGCGUAUGGAAAAUAUUUAUCGAAAAAUCUAGCAGAAUAA